ACUCUGCAUCUGUGCGCAUGCUCGAGAUGGAGCCGGGAGCCAAUAGCCAGGUGGGAGUGGUCUUCAGGCGAGGAAGAUGGCGUCGGCCAUGCUGGUCCUGGUGGUUGCUCCGUGGCCGGCAGCCCGGGGACUCCUCCAGAACUGUUGGGAACGACUGCAACGGAAACUUUGGCAGAGCUGGCGAGGCUUUCCCAGUUCCCCGUGGGGACCAGCGUUAGCGGUCCAAGGUCCAGCAGUAUUUACAGAACCAACAAAUGAUACUAAUGGAAGUAAGGAGAUCUCCAGCCUUUUGGAUAGUAUUUUUUGGAUGGCAGCUCCUAAAAACAGACGCAGCAUUGAAGUUAACCGCUGUAGGAGAAGAAACCCUCAGAAGCUUAUUAAAGUUAAGAACAAUAUUGACGUGUGUCCUGAAUGUGGUCACCUGAAACUGAAGCACGUCCUUUGUGGCUAUUGCUAUGAGAAGGUGUGCAAGGAGACGGCAGAAAUCAGAAGACAGAUAGGGAAACAAGAAGGGGGACCGUUCAAGGCUCCUCCCGUGGAGACUGUGGUGCUGUACACAGGAGAGGCACCAUCUGAACAAGAUCAGGGUAAGAGAAUCAUUGAACGAGACAGGAAGCGACCGUCCUGGUUCACCCAGCAUUAAGACCAAAGGUAUUCGAGGAGGAUAACUUCAUAUAAGACACUUGUCCUGGAAGACAGGAAGAUGCUUUGUUUUCAUGUUGAUUUUAUGCUUGUUUUAAAAUCACCAGUAUAGUUUAAAACAUUCUCUCAAAGCAGUUACUUUUAUGUGGGUUAAUUUGAAGAAUAUACCAGGAGUAAACUCUGAAAAUGCUUGUUUAUGCAGAGGCACAAUGGAUUAAUAUGUGCGUUUCUGUUACACUGUAAGGUUUUCAGUAAACCUAACAUUUCCAGUGCAGAAAAAUAAACAAUGUAAAAUUCUUAGCAAAGA